UCCGUCAUUUCUUCAAUGUUUUUCGCGAAACGUUACAAAGCGAAAACCCAAGACCUUCACUCUCACUCUCACUCUCAAAGAACAGAAUCAUCAAAUUUCUGAACGCUUUCGCUCUUAAUUCUCAAACCCAUUUCAUCUCUUCAAUUGCUUCCUCACUCGCAUAGUUUAUUCAAUUCAUUCAUUGAUAGUUAUCGAUGGAGUCCGCUGAUGAUGUAUCUGCUUCUAAACGCCCCCUACCAACCGGAUUUUCCCCUGGCCCUGAUGGACCGAAAAGACUGAGGUUAUCUAGUGAUAGCCUGCCAUACCCAGCAUGUGACCAAAUUGAACCAAAGACACCUAAGAUUCCAAAUGUUGUUGACUACAGCAAUCCAUUUGCAAUAACUGAUAUUUUAGAUCGUUUAGAGAAUGGAAAGUUUGGAAGUGUCACAAAGGACAUAGAGGCCCUUAUAGCCCUAAAAAUGCAAAUAAUGGGCCCUUACUUUGCAAAAUAUCCCAUACUUGUUAAUCAAUUAUUGAAAGUGGUAACGCAUCACGAUGAAGAAACUCCCAAGUUGGAAAAUCAACAAGUUACUGGUUUGACACAUCAAAGUGUCAUAGAUUUGGAGGGGGAAUACACUGAAAAGGAUGUUCCUGCAGUACCAAAUACUGUUGUGAUUAUUGAUUCAGAUGAGGAAGAUGAUAGAGAUAAAAAAUCUGUCAUUCCAUUUCAUGAAGUUGUGUUGCCAAGAAAAGUUGCACCAUCUCCUGCAUUGAAGGUGAUUGGGUAUCACACUUACCUGGGAGAAAGCAACGAUCUAAAAAUUGAGAUAAAUAUGGCUGAUAAAGGUAAUAACACUAGGAGCAAUAAAGGUGUUUAUGUUGGUGUACAGGGAGAGGAAGAAGAUAAGGCUGAUACUGAGGAUGAUGGUCUACAAGAUAUUUGGAAGGAGAUGUCAAUGGCAAUAGAAUGUUCCAAAGAUGUUUCUGAGGAUCCUGAGCCGGAAGAAGAAGAGGAGGAAGAUGAUAAUUGUGAUCAUUCUUUUGUCUUAAAAGAUGAUCUUGGCUAUGUUUGUCGCGUUUGUGGGGUUAUUGACCGAAAAAUUGAAACCAUAUUUGAGUUUCAGUACAAGGUUAAACGGAGCACAAGAACUUAUGCAUCUGAUUCAUGGAAUUCCAAAGGAAAAGCAGAUGUAUUUGGAAUUAAUGUUGCUGAAGAUGACCUCGUAGUAACUGAUAUCGCAGCACAUCCCAGACACAUGAAACAGAUGAAACCCCAUCAAGUUGAAGGAUUCAAUUUUCUUGUUAGAAAUCUUGCGGGUGACCAUCCUGGUGGGUGCAUCUUAGCCCAUGCUCCUGGAUCUGGGAAAACAUUCAUGAUAAUCAGUUUCAUGCAAAGUUUUCUAGGCAAGUAUCCUAAUGCAAGACCUUUAGUGGUGCUUCCUAAGGGAAUAUUGUCAACAUGGAAAAAGGAGUUUCAAACAUGGCAAGUUGAGGACAUACCUUUAUAUGACCUUUACACAGUGAAGGCAGACAGUAGAAGUCAACAACUAGAAGUGUUGAAGCAAUGGAUGGAGCAGAAGAGUAUCCUUUUCUUAGGAUACAAACAGUUCUCCUCUAUUGUUUGUGAUAACGGGACCAACAACACAUCUUUAUCUUGCCAGGAGAUUUUACUCAAGAUUCCUACGAUUCUUAUCUUAGAUGAGGGACACAAUCCUAGGAAUGAAAAUACUGAUAUGGUACAGUCACUUGCCAAAGUUCAAACGGCUAGAAAAGUUGUACUAUCAGGAACCCUUUAUCAAAAUCAUGUCAGGGAGGUAUUCAACAUUUUAAAUCUCGUUCGACCAAAAUUUUUGAAGAUGGAAACAUCAAGGCCGAUUGUGAGGCGCAUUCAUAGUAGAGUUCACAUACCUGGGGUGAGAAGCUUCUAUGAUUUAGUAGAAAACACUUUGCAGAAGGACACUGAUUUUAAAAGGAAAAUAGCUGUUAUACAAGAUUUGCGGGAGAUGACGAGCAAGGUACUUCACUAUUAUAAAGGAGAUUUUCUUGAUGAGCUUCCCGGUCUUGUUGAUUUUACUGUGGUGCUCACUCUUAGCCCUAGACAGAAGCCUGAAAUUCAGAAAUUAAAAAAGCUAUCUAGAAGAAAGUUCAAGAUAAAUUCUGUAGGCAGUGCUGUCUAUCUUCACCCCAAACUUAAACCACUAGCAGAAAAUUGUGGUGAAAAUUCUACAUCUGAUAAUAUAAUGGAUGAUUUGAUAGAGAAACUAGACAUGAGAGAUGGUGUGAAGUCAAAAUUCUAUUACAACAUGCUAAAUCUGUGUGAAUCAGCAGGGGAGAAGCUUCUAGUUUUCAGUCAGUAUCUGUUACCUUUGAAAUAUUUAGAAAGGUUGACUAUGAAAUGGAAAGGCUGGAGUCUUGGAAGAGAAAUUUUUGUAAUCUCAGGAGAAUCAAGCUCUGAGCAACGAGAAUGGUCCAUGGAAAAAUUUAACAAUUCUCCUGAUGCCAGAGUCUUCUUUGGCUCAAUCAAGGCAUGUGGAGAGGGUAUAUCAUUGGUUGGGGCUUCUCGAAUAAUUAUUUUGGACGUUCAUCUCAAUCCAUCAGUUACACGUCAAGCUAUAGGUCGUGCAUUCAGACCUGGCCAGAUGAAGAAGGUGUUUGUGUAUCGUUUGGUAUCUGCUGAUUCUCCGGAAGAGGAAGAUCACAAUACUUGUUUCAAGAAGGAAUUAAUUUCAAAAAUGUGGUUUGAAUGGAAUGAGUACUGCGGUGAUCGAGCUUUUGAAGUUGAGGCAGUUGAGGUGAAAGAGUGUGGUGAUCUAUUUCUUGAAAGUCCACUUUUAGGGGAGGAUGUAAAAGCUUUGUAUAAAAGGUGAUCAAGAGAAUCAGAGUCUGCUUAUCCAUAUUACAGAUCGAGAGAAUCAGAGUUGACUUCUGCAAGCUUGGAAUCCUCUCUCCUUUAUCUCCAUGUCUUGUACCUAAAUUUCAUAUAUAUCAGCUUUAGUGCUAUACUUCAUGGGCAUUAUUUUUGCUGUUACACUAUAUUACUAUACUGAGAUAUAACAGGUUCCAUCUAGAUACUUCUGCUUUAUAAAGUCUAUGAAUUAGCACAAUGAACUGUGUACAUAUAUAUGGCAAAAGACACGCUAUGUUAUUGAUGCUGAUUGGUUCAAGUGGUUCAUUGGAAUAUCACAUAUAGUGAUCGAGUGAGAUCCUUGGAAUAUCA